CUGUGAUGUUGGAGGGGGCAUGUAAGUCAGUGCCAGGAGCUUCACAAGACACUGGAUUUCAGGUAAUCAUAAGAAUAACAUGAAGGUUUUUCUUUUCCUCUCCUUAUGGAUCCCUCUCAUAAUUGCAUCAGGCCAUGAUUAUUCUAUUGACAAGAAAACCAAAGAUGAUGUGAAUGAAAAAUAUGGUACAAUCAAAAGGGCAAAUGCUGAAUUUGCUAUAAAUCUAUACCAAAAAAUAACUGCAAAGGAACCAAGAUCUCUAACUGGAAAUAACCUCAUUCUGUCCCCAUUAAGUAUUUCCACAGCAUUUGCAAUGUUAGCCCAAGGUACAAAAUCCACAACUCAUCAGCAGAUUAUUGAAACCUUGAGCUUUAAUGGAACAGAGAACGACCAAAAGAUAAAUGAAGGGUUUCUACAUAUUCUCCAGGUAUUAAAUGCAAAAAACAAAGCUCCACAUGUUGACAUUGGGAAUGCAAUAUUUGUUCAAGAAAGAAUGAUUCUGUUGGAGAGUUUUCGAGAAACUUUACGACAAUAUUAUCAAGCGGAUCUAAAAUAUGCAAUGUUUACUAAGCCAAACAUAGCAGAAAAACAGAUAAAUGAUUAUGUGAGAGAGAAAACCGAUGGCAAAAUAAAGGAUUUGGUGAAGGACCUUGAUCCAACAACUGUUAUGGUUCUGUUGAAUUAUAUUCUUUUUAAAGGUGAAUGGGUUCACAGUUUUGAUAAAAAACUUACUAAAGAAGAAGAAUUCUUUGUGACUGAACAUAUAUCAUUCCAAGUUCCCACAAUGCAACAAACAGGACUCUACAAAGUGCUCCGUGACCAUGACCUGCAUUGCAAAGUUAUUAAAAUGCCUUACAAGUACACAGCCUCCCUGUAUAUUGUGGUGCCUAAAUUGGGGAAUAUCCACCAAUUAGAAAAAGCUCUCUCACUGGAAGUAAUGGAAAAAUGGAUGCAAUCUCUGAAAAAUAGCCUUGUGGAGCUAUAUUUACCCAAGCUUGACUUCAGCUCAGAAAUCCUUCUUAAAGAGAUCCUUCAAAUCAUGGGAAUGAAAGAUGUUUUCACUCCGAAAGCCAAUUUGUCUGGAAUUUCUGGUACUGAUAAUCUUUACGUCUCCAAAGCUUUCCAUCGGGCUGCAUUAAAAGUUAAUGAAUUUGGAACAGAAGCAAGCGGGGCCACAGCUAUUGAAGUAAACGCUAGGUCUACGGCGGCAUCAUUUAAAGUCAACAGAGCAUUUCUCUUGUUCAUCCAUGAUGACAAAACUAACAGCAUUCUGUUCAUGGGGAGAGUUAUGGAUCCAAGAAGAAAUUAAUUAAAUAAAGUGACAUGUAACUUUAAAAAUUUAUCAGGGUCUUUACUAAACUGCAC